GUCGCUCAGUCGCAUUGCCAAGCUCGUGGAGAACAGUCCAGCAAUAAUCAAACGCCAACAUGAAAUCAAGAAUCAUCUUUUGCGCGCUGCUCUGCCUGGCGCUGCUCAACGGCCAAGCGCGCGCCGCCGACUGCGACGAGGCCAAAAAUCCGGAGGACAGCGACUUCAAGCACUUCUUCAAGAGCAUCAGCUGCAAGGUGAAGCAGGGCGCCGAGGACGUCGCUGAUGCGGCCAAGCCCUACACCGACAAGAUUGGCGAAGGCGCCAAGGAGCUUGGCAGCUCCGUGGUCGAGAAGUACAAGGAGCUGAAGCACCGCCUCACCGACGAUGCCUCCACGCCCAAGAGCACGCUCGUCGCCCAAGUCGACGCGCCGACGGAGCGCGUGCCCCUGGCGCCGAUUGCGCCAACCGUGCCGGCUGAAAUUAUGGGCAACGCUCAACCCAUUGCUGGAUAAAUGCUAUGCAAGGCCAAAUCCCAUAUAUACAGGACUUACUUAUUGUUGACUUAGCUUACCCUUGUCUUUUUUUUUUCAAUCCCUAUUACAUUUAUGAUAUUUG